AUGAAAAUGAAAAAAUAUGGGAACGCCCUCCCCUCGAUGGAAUUCUUGCCAAUAUGUAUCGAGGUUCUCGGCCCGAUGGACCCCAACACCCUUAAAUUUCUUAAGGCAAUAUGUAAAAUGAUCAGCGUCAGAUCAGGCGGCAGCAGGGAACUGUUUUUCGCAACUAACCACAUUUCGUGCUUGUUGCAGCGGCUAAAUAUCAUCAAUAAACAUGAUGCAAUGGUCCUUCUAUUACAAGCUGCUUUUUUGCCUCGUCUUGUUUAUUUUUUGAGAACAUCCCCUCUGUUGGAUGUUUCGAUCCUCAAUAGUUUCGACGAUCACCUCCGUGACGCAUUCCAGUCCAUCUUCAACAUAAAACUCGAUCAAAAAAAUUGGUUACAGGGGACGCUGCCUAUAUGUGUUGGUGGCCUGGGUUUGGGUUCCGCGGCUGAGCUGGCACCUUCUGCCUUUUUGGCUUCUGCUGCUGCCACGGUGGCCCUCCAGGAUCUGAUGUUGCCUGGGGAUGUGAUUUACGUCGAUAACUUCAGAUUGCAAGUAUACGACAUGUGGCGCGCCACCAACGGAGAUGUGGUUGCGCUCGAAAACCCCUCGCAAAAACACUGGAUCGCCCCCUGUCUUAAUAGAUCAGUUGAUCGAUGGCUGCAAUUGAAUGGCUCUGCUUUUGACAAGGCUAGAAUUAUGGCUGCUGGUAUCCCGGUUAUAAAAGAACCCAUGGGUUUGAUAGAGGAAGGAGCCUUUAGGCCUGAUGGUUACACUAUCACCCCAUGGGCCCAGGGACGGUCCCUUGCUUGGGACGUUACCAUACCCCACACUAUGGCUGACCGAUACAUCGGCUACACUUCAGUUGAGGCGGGCACUGCUGCCCUUAAAGCGUCCGAUUUCAAAAAUGAAAAAUACGUUUCAUUAAACAAUUUAAGCAAAAUAUUUCAACCCAUUUGCAUUGAAACGUUCGGACCAACAGAUAAGCACACGUCAUUAUUUAUUAACGAAUUAACAAGAAAAAUAGUUAAUAUAACGGGUGAUCCUAACGAAGGCAAUUAUUUAAAACAAACUCUUUCACUUUUAUUACAAAAAUUUAAUUCCUUCUGCAUUCUGGAUGGAGCUGCUAGAUACCUGACUGUGCGAGACCAGGGACAUAGAUAA